UUGACCCCGCGAAAUUAUGCGGGUUUACGGCUGUCACUCCACCGCAACAUAUGAGACGACUUCGACUCCAGGGCAAUUCAGUAGUGUUUUCUAAAACGCAAUCCCGCGAUUAUAUAAUUUUAUAAUGGACGCGGAGCAAAAAUGGAAGUUUGUGUUACGUUAAAUUUGAAAAAUCAGGCCGCGAAACGUCAGGAAAACCCGUAAUAGAGAUGAGUGGAGCCAACAAACUCAAGAUUCUAUGCCUACAUGGCAUGAUUCAGAACAGCACAGUGUUUCGCAAGAAGACAGCAGUAUUGCGUAAGAAGUUAGAGAAAGUUGCUGAUCUAGUUUACGUCACUGCUCCGCACUUGGUACUAGACUUAGAGUAUACAACAGAAAUCCAUCGCAUUGCAGCUGCAGAGCCUUUGGCACAUGAAGAGCUUAAGCCUUUUGGAUGGUGGCAACCGGUCAGCAAUCACCCCAGUACCCCAGACGGCUACUACCAAGGCUUCAAGGAAUCAAUUGAAUAUCUGAAGGGUGUCCUGAUUGAACAAGGGCCGUUUGAUGGAGUUCUUGGUUUCUCACAAGGUGCAUGCCUUGCAGCCAUGCUGUCUGAACUUUUGGAAAACAGAUUGCUGGUGCCUGAUUUGAUACCACAGGACUUCGCGCACCCAGCAUUUCGCUUUGCUAUUAUUGCUGCUGGUUUCAAACCAAUGUCGCAAGAAGCUACAAGCUCUUUGUUUCAGACCAAAAUCCAAACACCCAGUCUUCAUUUGAUUGGAGAAGCCGACACAGUGAUUCCUCCCGAGAGAAUGAUGGAUUUGGCAGAUGCAUUUGUCAAUCCAGCCGUAUUUAAGCAUGCUGGAGGACAUCUCGUACCCACAAAUGCUGCCAGUAAAAAUGAAGUAUUUGCUUUCAUCAGCAAGUUCCAAUAAGAUAGAAUCAGGGCAGUGGUUUAUUGACCGGGUAAAUUUUAUCCGCUCGGUUUCAUUUCGAUGUGUUGCUACGUUGCGAGCAACGAAAUAGAAAAAAAAUUUUCUUCUGUAAAAAUAAGACUUUCGCUCUCUUUCCUCUCCGAACUUUUUUCCACUCUUUUUCUCACUUUCUUCCUUUGAUUUCAUCCUUUUUCUCGUCAAUCCUACAUUGCAGAGCAACUCCACUGUCAUAGCGUGUGUUGUUUGUAAAUCCAGCAUCGAACAGAAAACCGAUAGUACGCGAACUUGCCGCUCCUUC